AUGAGAGAAAAAUGUUUGCCAUCUGAUCAUCCACAUAUUGCUGAUAGUCUGAAUAAUAUUGGCAAUAUUUAUGACAGCAAAGGCGAGUAUGAUCGUGCUUUGGACUAUUAUUCAAAAUGUCUCAAGAUGAGAGAAAAAUGUUUGCCAUCUGAUCAUCCACAUAUUGCUAAUAGUCUGAGUAAUAUUGGCAAUAUUUAUGACACAAAAGGCGAGUAUGAUCGUGCUUUGGACUAUUAUUCAAAAUGUCUCAAGGUUCAAGAAAAAUGUUUGCCAUCUGAUCAUCCAGAUAUUGCUGAUAGUCUGAAUAAUAUUGGCAAUGUUUAUAACAGCAUGGGCGAGUAUGAUCGUGCUUUGGACUAUUAUUCAAAAUGUCUGAAGAUGAGAGAAAAAUGUUUGCCAUCUGAUCAUCCAGAUGUUGCUAAUAGCCUCCUUGGUAUAGGCAAUAUUUAUAACAGUAAAACCGAGUAUGAUCAUGCUUUGGACUAUUAUUCAAAAUGUCUCAAGAUGCGAGAAAAAUGUUUGCCACCUGAUCAUCCAGAUAUUGCUGAAUAA